CGAUUGGCUCAUUGGUAAAAAAACAACAAUCAUUAACUGGUCCAGAUCUGAGCGAGGCUCUUCACUCCGCUUUGUCGUCGUGAUUUGAUUCCUGACAAAAAUGACCAUGAGGCAUCUUGGGUUUGUUCUCCUGGUUUGGUUUCCCCGAGUGCUGCGCGCACAGACCGCGGCCCAGCCUUGUCCUGCUCCCACACUGGGUGGGGGGUUUUUCCUCCCGGUACGAGAAGCGUAUUCUCAUGAAACCCAGAUCACUUACGCCUGCGAUGAUGGAAGUAAACCAGCUGUGGAGGGUUGGUGGGCGACCUGCUCGUGUCAAAAUGGCACAUGGUCUCAUGUACCACAAUGCAUAGAUGAAAGAGCCUGCAUUCCGCCAACUAUCCCCAAUGCAAAAUUCCCUGAAAACCCAGAUGGUUGGUAUGAGAAUGGAGACACAAUGAGGAUAUCAUGCGACCAAGCAAAUGAACACAAAGACCAUGUCGCAACAGCUAAAUGUGAAGAAGGAAUAUGGUCCUCUUUGCCCAUCUGUGAGAAAAUUAGGAAUGCCUGCAGCGAGCCCCCCAGAGUCCCCCACGCUGUGAUCACUGGUGUGGGAUACCAGGAGGUGUUUGCUGCAGAUUCAGAAGUGCAGUAUGAAUGUGAAGAGGGAUACGCUACAGAGGAAGCACGCACUAAAAAAUCCGUCUUUUGCUUAAGUGGAAACUGGACUGAAGCUCCAGUGUGCAGCAGAAGAACAGAACCAGGUACUGGUCAUGCUGGAUCUACAGUCGAGGAAACCAGUGGGGGGAACACUGCUGGAGAUGGGGGUACAGGUGGGCGGUACUCUACAUCUUCAGGCAGCGGGACACCGCCUGUGGGUAGAGGAUCUUCUACCAGCUCUGGAUCAACCGAGAGAGAGAUUCAAAUCACACCAAUCAGCACCUGUAGAAAUCCCCCGAGAAUCCAAAAUGGUGAUUUUGUGAAAACUGGUGCAAUGUUUUUGAAAUACCAGUGCAAUAGCUUUUACAACCGAGUGGGUCCAGAAACAGUGGUGUGUUACCCGGAUGGCACCUGGUCAGAAGUGCCCACCUGCAAAGCUGCCUACUGUUCCGUGGACACGCAGAUGUAUCCUGAAUUACAACCCAGUGGUGUCAAAUUCAUCAAAGACGGUGAGAAGAAGAGACUGCCAUGUGUGCAACUGGACGAGUGGUGGACGGAUCAUUAUUCUGUGUUCCAGUGCACUAAUGGAAGAGGCAGGUUGAGCAGAUGUUGUAGCUGGAUCACUAUAAACAUGAACCGUUGCUGAGGCUGUUUCACGAAGAGGAAGCUGCUGUUGCCAUUCGAUUUGCUCGCCACCGCCUGAAAACUGACGCCACAGCCUGGAAACCUGAAGUUAUGAUUAUGAUGUGGUACACACACAAAAAAAAAAGAUUUCCACACAAUGUUGGAGUAAACUGUUUAGGUCCACAGCCACAAAAGUGGCUGAGGGACUGGCCUGAAUAAAAUCUGGACCAGAGGUUCAACACUGACCUUUCUGGAAAUGUUUACAAA